ACUCGUUCUCUCCCUCACAAACACAAACAUAAUAAACACCUAAUCGGGUACUACGAUCCUUUCUAGUUCCUCGGAGUUUUUGUUUUGUUUUGUUUUCUACAGCUUGUUUCAAUGGCGAGGGAGCUUAAGAAAAUUAUGGGUGUGAUGUGUGUGCUGGUUUUUGUGUUGAAUAUAUGGUGCAAGGCAGGAGCAGAGCCUCAAGUACCUUGCUACUUCAUAUUUGGGGACUCCUUGGUGGAUAAUGGAAAUAACAACCAACUCCAGUCAUUGGCUAAAGCGAACUACAGGCCUUAUGGGAUUGACUUCCCCGCUGGAACCACCGGAAGGUUCUCCAACGGAAAAACCACUGUUGAUGUUGUUGCUGAGCUUUUAGGCUUCGAUGAUUACAUACCUCCCUAUGUGAGUGCAAGAGGCCAAGAAAUACUGAAAGGAGUGAACUAUGCAUCAGCAGCUGCUGGAAUUAGAGAGGAAACUGGGCGGCAACUGGGAGGCCGGAUUAGCUUCAGUGGGCAGGUGAGAAAUUACCAAAACACAGUCUCCCAAGUGGUGAACUUACUUGGGGAUGAAGAUUCGGCAGCACAGUAUCUAGGCAAGUGUAUAUACUCAGUUGGAUUGGGCAGCAAUGACUACCUUAACAACUAUUUCAUGCCCCAAUACUACUCUAGUAGCCAACAGUAUACACCUGAACAAUACGCUGAUGUUCUUAUUCAACAAUAUACAGAGCAACUCAGGAACAUGUAUAACUAUGGAGCAAGGAAAAUGGUCUUGUUUGGAGUUGGUCAAAUAGGCUGCAGUCCAAAUGAAUUGGCUCAAAAUAGUCCGGACGGUUCAACAUGUGUGCAAAGAAUCAAUUCUGCCAACCAAAUCUUCAACAACAAGUUGAAAUCUCUUGUCAAUGAUCUCAACAACAAUCUAGCAGAUGCAAGAUUGAUCUACAUAGACGCUUAUGGGAUUUUCCAAGACAUAAUAACCAGCCCUUCAUCUUUUGGUUUCAAGGUAAUAAAUGCUGGGUGCUGCGGUGUAGGGAGGAACAAUGGGCAAAUCACAUGUCUACCUUAUCAAACUCCAUGCCAAAACAGGAAUGAGUAUCUCUUUUGGGAUGCUUACCAUCCAACUGAGGCAGGGAAUACAAUUGUGGGAAGAAGAGCUUAUAGUGCUCAAUCUGCAUCGGACGCUUACCCGAUCGAUAUCCGCCGUUUAGCCCAGCUCUGAAGAGGGAGAUAAGGCCCGUAAGGGUGCGGUUGCAGAAUAAGAUCCAUAGAAAGUUAUGGAUACUGAUAUUAUAUAUGUUUCACUACUACUAGUCUACUAUAGUUACUUUGAACCUAAGAACUUUGUGAUCAUGAUCAAUUCAACGAACUGCAAAAUCAUUUGGUUGUUAUGUAUGGAUGAAGGUGGUUUAGAAUAUAUAUAGUUCAAGGUUUUGCCUA